AUGGCGGCCACUUCAACCACUCCAAUCAACGAGACCGACCCGGCCGCAACCAUCGCACCCUUCGCUACCUUGCUUAAUGGAGUCAGUCAACCGAUGAACAUGCUCUUCAAAGAUAUCAGUUGGUGGACGUUUGGCAUUUUUGGCCUCACGCUCUUAACGAUCCGGCUAGGACAGAGGGCGUUGGCCCACAUACGACAUAUGUCAGCUAUGAAUUUACCAGGGGAUGCGCAGCGGUACUGGGCCAUCAACGAAUAUUCAUGGUGGUGGAAAUUCAAGAAGCAUAUGCUGUAUGCCCCUCUCAAGAACAAGCGCCACAACCGAAACAUCCAACUCUCCAAAUUCGGAAAUAUGGGAACGAUUCCCUCUCGCUUCCACACCCUUCUCAUCACCAUUUUUACUGGCGGUAACAUUGCUUUCUGCGCCUACCUCAGUUACGACCGACCCAACCAUUACUCUGUCGUUGCAGAGCUCCGUGGCCGAACUGGUGUUAUGGCAGUAGUAAACAUGAUUGCUCUUACCAUCUUUGCUGGUCGCAACAAUCCCCUCAUCGGUCUUUUGCAAAUCAGCUUCGACACCUAUAAUCUUAUGCACCGAUGGAUUGGAAGAAUAAUUGUCGUCGAGAUCAUUGUGCACACGGCUUGUUGGGCCUAUGUCAAGCACGCAGCUACAGGAUGGGGAGGAAUGUGGGAGAUGAUUCAACACGAUCCUUUCAUUUUAUGGGGAUCAAUCGGUACCGUUGCAAUGGUUCUUCUCGCCAUUCAAGCUUUCUCCCCCAUCCGACAUGCCUUUUACGAGACGUUCCUCAACAUCCACAUCAUCCUCGCAGCUGUAGCAAUGGCAGGAACAUGGAUCCACUGUGAAGUCGCCCACCUCCCUCAAGUUCCUUGGAUCCAAGCUAUCGUCAUCCUCUGGGCGGUCGAGCGUGCCUAUCGUUUCUUCAACCUCAUCUACACCAACUGGGCUUCACAAGAAGGCUUUACUCGCGCCACCGUCGAGUCCAUGCCCGGAGAAGCCUGUCGAGUAACAAUGCACCUCCCGAAAAAAGUCAAUAUCAAACCGGGAACGCACGCCUACCUUCGCUUCUCUGGCAUCGGCCCAUGGGAAUCGCAUCCCUUCUCCGUUGCCUGGAUCCAUCACAAACCCAAGAACACCACCACGCUCCCCAUAACCGAGAAACCAGAGGCUGAAUCCGAGUCCGAGAAAGCUCUUCGUGAACCAGACAUGGUAACAGACGUCUCCUUCGUCAUCCACGCCCAAAGCGGAAUGACGCGCCAACUUUACAACGCAGCCGAAAAACACGGCGCCUCAGGAAUGGUCAUCAAAGCCGCAUUCGAAGGACCCUACGGCGGCCACCACUCUCUCGAUUCAUACGGCCAUACCGUCCUCUUCGCCGGCGCCUCAGGAAUCACCCAUCAAAUACCCUACAUCAAGCACCUCAUCACGGGCUUCAACAACGGCACCAUCGCCACACGAAGAGUCACACUAAUCUGGAUCAUCCGUGAAUCCGAUCAUCUGGAAUGGGUGCGUCCGUGGAUGGAUCAAAUCCUCAAGCUGCCACGCCGUCGCGAGAUCCUGCAAGUCAAGCUAUUCGUCACGCGACCCAAGAAUCCACGCGAACUGCAGAGUCCGUCGUCGACGGUGCAGAUGUUCCCUGGACGACCGAAUGUCAAGCUGUUACUAGAGAACGAGGUCCAGGAACAGAGGGGUGCGAUGUGCGUCACGGUCUGUGGACCAGGUGGUUUGGCGGAUAAUGUUCGAGAGGCUGUGAGGGAGGUGCAGGAUUUGGGGGUGGUGGAUUUUAUAGAGGAGAGUUUUACUUGGUAG